CAGGCCAUUGACCUUUGACACUCAACAUGGCGGACAUGGGACCAAAAAGAUAGCCAAAGGAGAUGUUUCUGUCAAAUUUUACCAUCUUUUUGCUUACUCGCGUCGUGAUGGUGUCCAAAAUAUGUGCAUAAAAAUAAUCUGUUUUUUAUAAGUCCGAUUAAGGUCCGUUUUUACGUUUGAUUGUUGUCUAGGGCAGGACUUUGAUCGUCGGCAACUUGGGUCACCGCGCUAGAGUAGAGGAGUUAGCACUGCUGCAAUGAUACCUCUUCUCAGGAACGUGCUGCGGAAAAGCCCCUACCUGACGAGUGUGGGACUGUACACCACCCUGUACACCGGAGCAGACGUCUGUCAUCAGCUGUGGCACUUCCAUUUCAUCGAGAAAACCACACACCAACACUCAACAUUUUCCCUCGACCUCGGAAGGACCGCCAGAAUGAGUUUUAUCGGUUUCGCGUGUUUAGGCAAUUUCAACUACAUGUGGAUCCCGUUCUUAGAGAGGCUGUUUCCUGGUGCUACCGUUCGUAAGACCUUGGCCAAGGUGCUGGUGGAUCAGGUCAUAGCGGCCCCUAUCCUUAUCACGGCCUUUUAUGUUGGGCUAAGGACGCUGGAGAGGAAGCCUGAUGUCUUUGCAGUUGUGAGAGAGAAAUUUGUGGAUACUUACCUGACAGGAAUGAUGUUCUGGCCAGCAGCUCAGACAAUCAACUUCUACCUGCUGCCUCUACAAUAUCGUGUGAUCUUUCUGGGAGUCUGUUCAUUUACCUGGGCUAACGUCAUGUGCUUUAUGAAGGCAAGGGCAGAACAGAAAUUGCUGGAGUCCAAUGCUGGAAACCAACAAGAUUGAUGAAGAGAUAAUGUCUGCAAAAUAAGGUUCUUGACAAGAUGCAUCAUCAAUCCUACCUCAGUAAAAAUGUGCAUUUACCGAUAUGAAUUUUAAAUUUUCAUUCACUAAAACUAGUUUAUGACAAGGAUGUAACUAGUAUGUUGGUCGCUUCGGGUGUCUUAUAGAUAACGAAUCAUAUUUUAAUUACUAGUAUAUUUUUAUUGUGUUUUUUUUUAAUCAUUGAAAAGAUUUUUAUUACUUCAAAUUUAUACACCUUUUGGAUGAUAUAUUACCUUUCAUGUUGGCUGCUGUCACUACUGUGUAGAAUUUUUCACUGACCUGGGCCAAAAUUUGUGUAUGAAAUCAAUCUAUCAGGAUGCUUGUCAAAAGUGAUUGAUAUUUCUUGCUGCUAAUAUGAAAUAAAUUGUGUGAUAGAAUCCAAA